AAGGAGAAGCCAGUCUACCACGUUUAAUCCUGAUGAUAUGACGGAAACUGAGUUCAAAAGAGGAGGAACAAGAGCGACGGCCGGUCCCAGGCUAGGCUGGUCAAGAGAUCUUGGACAAUCCAAUAAUGAUUUGGACAUGCCAUUUGCUAAAUGGACGAAAGAACAAGUCUGUAACUGGCUACACGAUCAGGGCCUGGGUUUUUACAUCGGCAACGGAAAACACUGGAUACUGUCCGGUCAAACCCUCUUGCAAGCAUCACAGACCGAUUUAGAGAAGGAACUUGGAAUAAAGCACCCGCUACAUCGGAAAAAGCUUCAACUUGCGCUUCAGGCUUUGGGUUCAGAAGAAGAAAACAACCACGGAAAAUUGGACUAUAAUUGGGUUACACGAUGGCUGGAUGACAUCGGGCUGCCCCAGUACAAGACACAAUUCGACGAAGGCAAGGUGGACGGCCGAAUGCUUCAUUACAUGACCAUCGAUGACUUGUUAUCCUUGAAAGUUCUGAGCGUCCUCCACCAUCUGAGCAUCAAGCGUGCCAUCCAGGUCCUCAGAAUAAACAAUUUUGAACCCAACUGUCUUCGCAGGAGACCGUCUGAUGAGAAUAACAUCACCCCAUCAGAAGUUUCCCAGUGGACGAACCAUCGAGUGAUGGAAUGGUUGCGUUCUGUUGAUCUGGCCGAAUAUGCUCCUAAUUUAAGAGGAAGCGGUGUUCACGGCGGCUUAAUGGUUCUGGAACCUCGUUUUAACGUAGAGACCUUGGCACAGCUGCUGAACAUCCCACCAAACAAGACGCUGCUGAGACGGCACUUGGCCACCCAUUUUAAUUUGCUGAUUGGAAGCGAAGCUCAACAAGAAAAACGCGAGGCCAUGGAAGCUCCUGAUUAUGUCCUUCUCACAGCUACUGCCAAAGUGAAGCCAAAGAAACUCCCUUUCAGUAACUUUGGAAAUUUGAGGAAGAAGAAGCAAGAAGACGGAGAAGAGUAUGUGUGCCCGAUGGACUUGGGUCAGGUGGCGGGACCUGGAUCCAAAAAAGGAUUUAAGCAGGGUAUAGACGUCAGAAUGUACGAUGAUGACGAUCUGGACAGAUUGGAACAGAUGGAAGAUUCUGAAGGGACUGUGAGGCAGAUUGGGGCAUUUUCUGAAGGCAUCAACAACUUGACCCACAUGUUGAAAGAAGAUGACAUGUUUAGAGACUUGGCCACGUGUUCUCCCAGUGCCAGCAUCACAGAUGAGGACUCCAAUGUGUGACAGGGUCAGCAAGGGACAUAUUUUUGGCGUCCCGCUUCUGGAUGUGAUGGACACCGCACCUUGUGUGAAGUAAUUUUUGCUUCUGUUUGCAAGAACUGAUGGAGGAGAGGGGAGCAAUCGUAAGAGGUUCUUAUCCAUCCAAGUUCUGGUAAAUCGAUGAGAUGGGAAGAGAGGACCUCAUAACUCCCUUUUUUCUCUUCUGCGUAGCAAUUUGUGCCAACCUUUUUAAUAAGACUCUACAGCAUAAUGUUUUAGCGUCCACAACGUGCCAUAAUGUACCCUUGUAAUUUUCUUUUUCUUCCAGUAAUGCAAAAAAAAAAAAAAGGGGGGGAACCCAACUACAGACCCCUGAUAGUAGCAUCCAUUGUCAAAGUAUCUGCAGAAUUUUUUUCCCCCCGUUUUCCUCUUCAACUCAGCUGCGUAACCUCUUGUGUUGAAAAAUCUUGUAUGG